AUGGCUCAAUUUAACUAUCGCAACGAAAUUGUCAGUUUAGCAACAAUCGACGGACCCCUCACCCGUGGACCUCCACAACGUUUUGCCAAAAAAAAUACAAAGGAAAAUAUAAACCCAGGAUUAAGUAUAAGUUCUAUAAAUCAAUCUGUACAAAAACUUUCGGUUUCUGGUAAUCAAAGUUAUAACAAUAGCGUACUUUCGAUUAACAAUAAAACACCGACCAGAAAUGAUAACAAGAGCAAGAGUAAAAGUAAAUCUCCAGGUCGGUCGACCACACCCACUCCCAACAAAGCUGCUAAGACACCUAAUAAAGCUGAUAGAUUUAUUCCAUCACGGAGUAAUUCUAACUAUGACUUGUGCCACUACAUGUUAAAUCGUGAAGAAGACCAAGUAGAAGAAACAGCUCCAUCGGUAGCCAGUGAAGCGAUAGGACGUGCUCUCUCUGACAAUGAACCGGGACGAAUGUUACAAUACACUUGCAAAGCCCCUGCAGCACCUGAAGGAUAUCAGAACAGAUUACGUGUGGUGUAUUCUCAAGCCAAAGUUCCGUCGACAGUUAAAAAUACAACCCGAUAUAUACCUCAGGGACCUGAUAGAAUUCUUGAUGCUCCUGAUAUAUUAGAUGAUUAUUACCUAAAUCUUGUUGAUUGGAGUGCAUCAAAUAUAUUGGCUGUAGCUCUUGGGAAUUCUGUAUACUUGUGGAAUGCUGGCACGGGCCUUAUAGAACAACUAUUGACUUUAGAAGGUUCAGAAACAGUAUGUUCAGUAUCAUGGGUUCAAGGGGGAGGAUCACACUUAGCUGUUGGCACUUCAUCUGCAACUGUAGAGAUGUGGGAUUGUGAGAAGAUUAAAAGACUGAGGACAAUGGAUGGACACACAGGUCGUGUGGGUUCUUUGGCUUGGAACUUGUAUGUGGUGUCAAGUGGUGCUCGAGAUGGUAACAUUGUACACCACGACGUUAGACAAAGAGAUCAUGCUGUGGCCACCAUUAGUGCUCACACGCAGGAGAUUUGUGGUCUUAAAUGGUCACCAGACGGCAAAUACCUGGCCUCAGGUGGUAAUGACAACUUACUAAACAUCUGGCCCAUAGCUCAGGGACAGCAUUAUACACAACCACAGUACUUAUACUCAUUCAAUCAACACUUAGCCGCAGUGAAGGGUCUCGCUUGGUGCCCUUGGAGUUCCGGUAUCCUAGCGUCAGGCGGAGGAACUGCUGAUAGAACUAUACGGAUCUGGAAUGUCAAUACAGGAGCUAACUUAAACACCGUCGAUACCAAGUCUCAGGUGUGUUCGAUAGUAUGGAGUACGCAUUACAAGGAGCUUGUAUCGGGUCACGGGUAUGCUCACAACCAGUUGGUUAUAUGGAAGUAUCCUACAUUGACACGUGUGGCCGAGCUGAGCGGACACGUGGCGCGUGUGUUACAUCUAGCACUAUCACCGGACGGUACCACCGUGUUGUCCGCUGGCGCUGAUGAGACGCUAAGGCUUUGGAAAUGCUUCAUGCUGGAUCCGACGAAGAAAAAGGAAGCCACAGACUCUAAAGCGGCGAAAUCUCUUCUUAACAUGAAUGCACUGAUUAGAUGA